UCUAUCACUUUCUCUCUCUAGAUGCCACUUUCUCUCUCUUCCCAGCUUCUCCCAUUCUUCUUCUUCUUCUUCGUCUGAUCCUUACAAGCAAGCAACAAUGGCGUCCACCAACAGCGGGAACAAGGGAUCACGUUUCCCACUUCUCGCGUUCCUUCUCAUCUGCCUCCUCGCUCCUCUCCUCUUCUUCUUCUUCUUCUCCAGAGGCCUUCACAAUGCUCCCGAUCAAGAUGUUAUGUCAACCGUUCCUAGUAAACAGGUUGCCAAAUGGACAGAAUGGCAGACACUGCAGGACCUUAAAUUGUAUUUUUCAAAAGAGGCUCUUGAUGUUAUUGUAUCGAGCACAGAUGAUUUGGGUCCUUUGAGCCUUGAGAAUUUCAAAAAAAAUAAUUUGUUACCUUCAUGGAGAAUCACUGGGUUAAAGACUUCAAAUGCUACCUAUGAGCUAAACCAACCAACAACACAUGGUGUACAGGAAAAACAAGAGGCGAAGGAACGCAGAUCUUCAGUUGGUCUUGAUCAAUGGACUCUUAGUCCUGUCCACUUAUCCAGAAGGCACUUAAUAGAGAAAAGGAAGGAAAAACGUGCUGCUGAGUUGGUGAAACUGGAGGAUGAAGUAAUUGUAAAACUUGAAGAUUCAGCUAUUGAACGCUCAAAGACAGUAGAUUCAGCAGUUUUAGGUAAAUACAACAUGUGGAGGAAAGAAAAUGACAAUGAAAAUGCUGAUUCUACUAUUCGGUUGAUUCGAGACCAAAUUGUUAUGGCUAGAGUGUAUUUGAGCCUUGCAAAGAUGAAGAACAAGCUUGACCUGUACCAAGAGCUGCAAAAUCGGAUUGGAGAGAGUCAGCAUGAUUUAGGUGAGGCAACUGCUGAUGCUGAUCUACCUAAAAGUGCACAUGAAAAAAUCAAAGCUAUGGGUCAAGUCCUGUCUAAAGCAAAAGAUCAAUUGUAUGACUGCAAGUUGGUCACUGGGAAAUUGAGGGCAAUGCUACAAACAGCUGAUGAGCAAGUUAGGGGCCUGAAAAAGCAAAGUACAUUCCUCAGUCAGUUGGCUGCCAAGACCAUACCUGAUGGAAUCCACUGCUUAUCGAUGCGCCUUACCAUUGAUUAUUACCUCCUUUCUCCUGAAAAGAGAAAGUUUCCUAAGAGUGAGAAUUUGGAGAAUCCUAAUCUUUAUCAUUAUGCCCUUUUCUCAGACAAUGUCUUGGCUGCAUCAGUGGUUGUCAACUCAGCUAUUAUGAAUGCAAAGGAUCCUUCAAAGCAUGUUUUUCAUCUUGUUACUGAUAAGCUAAAUUUCGGAGCCAUGAACAUGUGGUUUUUGUUGAACCCUCCUGGAAAAGCUACUAUCCAUGUUGAAAAUGUUGAUGAAUUUAAGUGGUUGAAUUCAUCUUAUUGCCCUGUCUUGAGGCAGCUCGAAUCUGCAACAAUGAAAGAGUAUUAUUUCAAGGCAGGCCAUCCAACAUCCGGUGGUUCCUCUAAUCUGAAGUACAGAAACCCGAAAUAUCUCUCAAUGCUCAACCAUCUUAGGUUCUAUCUUCCGCAAGUUUAUCCAAAAUUGGAUAAGAUUCUUUUUCUUGAUGAUGACAUUAUUGUCCAGAAGGAUUUGACAGGAUUAUGGGCCGUGAAUCUUCAUGGAAAAGUAAAUGGUGCCGUUGAAACAUGUGGGGAGAGUUUUCACCGUUUCGACAAGUAUCUUAACUUUUCGAAUCCUCAUAUUGCGAAAAAUUUUGAUCCCAAUGCCUGUGGUUGGGCUUAUGGAAUGAACAUGUUUGAUUUAAAGGAGUGGAAAAAGAAGGAUAUUACCGGCAUAUAUCACAAGUGGCAGAAUAUGAAUGAAGAUAGGGUGCUAUGGAAGCUGGGGACAUUACCUCCAGGUCUAAUGACAUUCUAUGGAUUGACGCAUCCACUAAACAAAUCAUGGCACGUACUUGGUUUAGGUUACAAUCCGAGUGUAGAUAAAUCUGAGAUCGACAAUGCGGCAGUUAUUCACUACAAUGGUAAUAUGAAGCCAUGGCUAGAGAUAGCCAUGACAAAAUACCGGUCGUAUUGGACCAAAUAUGUCAAGUAUGAUCAUCCCUAUCUUAGAAACUGUAAGCUAACUGAAUGAUCUUGAUAACUAAGUAUAGGGAGUACCCUUUUUUCCCCCCUCAUCCCUUUACACUUUCUAGCUUUGGCAAUUUCAAUUUGAAGUGCCUUACUAGAAUGAUCAAAAUUUGUCUUGGAAGGGAUAUGGUCAUUGCUUGUGUUGUAUUUACCCCUAUAUCUCUUUCCCACUUCAUUGAUAUUUGUUCUUUUUUUGGCCUUAACAUUCAUUUAAUUUGUUCACACUACCCUCACUAGUUUCAAAUGCAAGGUACAUAAAACAGUAUACCUUGUUUACCAGAAAUUAGAGAAAAAAAGCUCUUCAUUGUACAAUACUUCUGAUGCUAAAGACUGGACCACAAAUUGAAUAACAAUUUUUAUGUAUUCUUUCAAUAA